AGUCGUACACACGCGCGGGGAGGGGACAGUCACACGCAAAGUGUUGACGAGUACGAGUUCCUGCCUGCGUGGAUGUGUGUGUGUGCGUGUGCCAGUCAGCAGCUCGAGCUGUGUUUUGAGUCGAACGCUCGCUGCUCGCUGAUUUCGUCUGCUCAUACCACAAUUUUCGUGUAAAUAUAAAUAUCUACCCCAGUGUAUGAACCUUGUGCUCUUUUGAGGGGUGCAAACUAUAAGGAUGGAGCACUCGCUAGAAGUUUUAUCACCGGCGUUAAUUAUUGGCAUACUUGUACUGCGGUUUUUAGGUUAAGUGUCGCGAAGGACACUUCACCUGUGACGGACAGCUAACCAGCUGAGCGCGUAGGAGCAAUUACUUAGGUUAAGUUUAAAUAACCGAAUUAACAAAAAACAGUGGUGUGUGUGUGUGUAAGUGCGUGAAGGAGCUGGAGAGUAGCAUCUUCGAGGCUCUCUCCCAGCUACAAUAUUACCUGCUGUGUGUACAUCACACAGUGCUCUUGAGCUUCCCUCUCUUCCCCAGGAGAGAUUUUUUUGCGCGUCGUCUGCUGGCGUCCUUGUUGCUCGGCUUGGCGUAGAGCAUCAGCAACGAAGUAAAGCCGCUUGCUGGUGUUUCUUCUCCUCUUCUUUGGGUGUAUAGAGAGAAGGAAAGAGAGCGGUCAACGGCGCGUAUGUUUACGCCGGGAUCGUGAUUCGCGAGGACAUCAGAGAAAGAGAGACGUACAGAGAAAAGGAUCUGUUGAUCGCACAGUGAAGUGAACGAGGAGUCGUAAGAAUGUACUCCAAGGGAAAGGGCUCAGCUGUGCCCUCGGACAAUCAGGCAAGAGAAAAACUCGCCUUGUAUGUAUAUGAAUACCUGUUACACAUUGGUGCACAAAAAGCUGCACAAACAUUCUUGUCAGAGAUUCGGUGGGAGAAAAACAUAACACUUGGUGAACCUCCAGGAUUUCUUCAUUCUUGGUGGUGUGUAUUUUGGGACCUGUAUUGCGCAGCACCUGAACGGAGAGAUUCCUGCGAACACAGUAGUGAAGCCAAAGCUUUUCAUGACUACGGAUUCGUGAAUAGUGGGUACGGAGGAGUAAACGGAAUUGCACACAAUGCUGGACCGGCGCCUUCGCCGCUUGGACAAAUGCCACCGAACGACGGCAUGCCCGGCGGUCCGAUGCCACCCGGUUUUUUCCCUAACAACUCGACAAUGCGACCAUCUCCGCCCACACACCCUUCAUCACAGCCAUCUCCCCAGCACCCCCAGCCACCCCCGCCCCCACACUCGCAGAUGAUGUCCAACCAGGUAAGCUUUCAGGGAUUCAUGGGUCCCAGGUACCCAGCAGGACCACGACCGAACGUUCGUAUGCCACAAAUGGGAAAUGAUUUCAAUGGGCCUCCAGGGCAACCGAUGAUGCCAAACAGUAUAGACCCAACUAGACAAGGCUCGCCUGGUAUGAACCCAAUGAACCCCAGGAUGAACCAUCCAAGGGCAGGACCAGGUGGCAUGCCACCAAUGGGCCCGGGUACUUACGGCCCCGGCAUGCGGGGUCCACCGCCAAACAGUAAUUUAGCUCCCGGUGGACCGGGUGGUGCUGGUAUGCCGCCGAUGAGUAUGGCCGGACCAGGUGGCAGACCACAAUGGCAACCCAACACGUCGACACCGAUGAAUUAUUCCUCGUCUUCGCCGGGCAAUUAUGGCGGGCCUCCCGGUUCGAGUGGGCCACCGGGACCGGGGACGCCGAUAAUGCCGAGUCCACAGGACAGUAGUAACAGCGGUGGCGAAAACAUGUACACGAUGAUGAAACCAGAUUUCCCGAUGAGCGGUGGUCCCGAGGGUGGGCCCAUGGGACCGAUGGGCCCAAAUACAAUGGGCCCAGUGCUCAACGGUGACGGACUCGAUGGUAUGAAGAAUUCUCCGGCAAACGGUGGUCCAGGCACACCGAGGGAGGACAGCGGUAGUGGUAUGGGUGAUUAUAAUCUAGGCGGCUUCGGCAACCCCAACGAGAACGACCAGAACGAGUCAGCGGCCAUACUGAAGAUCAAGGAGAGCAUGCAGGAGGAGGCCAAGAGGUUCGAGAAGGAGGGCGAUCACCCGGAUUAUUUCAUGCCAUAAUUCGUUCGAGGGAUUAUUGUCGGAGUAACCUCGGGGAAACAGACCAAAUUUCACAUUUGUCGCAGCGAGGGUUGGCGAAUUUGUCGAACAUUUUAGACAAACUUAUGGAGUGCGUGAAAACGAGUGUGUGUAUGUGUGAGAUGAAAAAAAAAAAAAAAAAAUUAUUAUUACCA